AUACGACACCUCUCUUUAACAACACUGUAAACUCAAAAUGCAAACAUGUGGGAGGCUCCUGGGAAAUCACUGUCGCGUGAUUUGAUGACGGAGAACUCAUGCGUCCGAGAGGAAAGUCAGGAACCAACUUCGCUAACUAGCAGGUUUUGAGCCUUGGGCUGGCAAUGGGGGACAUGAAGACCCCAGACUUUGAUGAUUUGCUGGCAGCUUUUGACAUUCCUGACAUUGAUGCCAAAGAAGCCAUUCAAUCAAGUCCAGAGGAGGAGCGGGAUGAGGUGGGGACUAAUGUAGGUGAGAGAGAGAGUGGGUCUCCUUCAUGCUUUCCCUGCCCUCCUGCCUCACAUAGUGACCCCCCUGUGGUCAGCGUUAUUGUGAAGAACACAGUGCGGUCUGAGUCUUUUGAAGAGGAUGAGACGUCUGUCGGGGACAAAACAGACAAUCCUUCAAGCAGCGGCUUAAACUCUCAGGUUCAGGUCAAGUUUGGUGACCUCACCUCACAGCCUGGUCCCAAAAUGCCUGCUGAUGUGCCAGUGGAGCCUCAGAUUGCAAAUGGCUUUGAGGGAUCUGUCCCCAGGGAUCAGGGACAGUCCAACACAGAGCCAUGGCCCCAGUGUUCACCACUGAGGUCCACACUGAUCGCUGAUGAAGGUGGCAGCGAUAAAGGAGCUGAGGUUGGAUCGGUCCAGCACACGACUGUUGUCAUGAACAGUUUGAACCCCCUCCUCUACCUCCAGUCUGCCACUAGUGCCAGUACUAACUCAACUCCUCCCUCCCCACACUCUGUCAGCCCUCACCUUUCUCCUCACUCCCCUCAGAAGGAGGAAAUCUGUCUCCUCAGUAAUCCAUCGUCCUUCCCUUUACCACAAAACGGGAGUAUUAAGGCUGGAAUUAAGCAUGUUAUGCACUCAGAUGAAAGUGACUCAGAGCCAGACUUAGGAAGUCCACUGGUGAUCCAGGAGAGCCCAGAAUCUGUAAUGUCCUCCCCUCCCAAAUUCAAACACAGAGCAAAAGUACGAUCCGAGCUGCUUGGGUCUCCUGAAACUACCUCUUGUCUUGUUUCUCCUCCUCCUCGUCUCACUUCUCUGGCACCUGCAAAACCUAAACCCCAACAUGAGGAAAAGGGGCAACCUACCACCCCCAGUUCUCCCUCCACAGCUCCUCAGCCACAGAGCCCCCAGGACUGCCUCCCCUCUGUCAGCAUGGGCUCUACAUCAGUCCAAGAGGAGAAAUACCCAGAGCAUGUGAUUGAUGAGAGGGACUCGCCUGAGAGCCCACCGCCCAGUGAGACAGGCCUUGUAGUCCCCAAGAGAAGCAGCAGCCCUGAUUCGGCCCAAACAACAGGUCUAGCAGCGAACCACAAGGACUUUUUUCACCAAGAGGAGCUCAUGGAAAGUGAGCCCAGAGAAGAGGACAGGCCAGGUGAAACAGAGGAGCUGAGUGAAAAGGUUGCUGGAGAUGGAGAAGAUUUAAACGAGGAGAGCUGUGGUGCUGGCACUGAGGAUCCUGUGUCUGCUAGUGCUGCAGAGACAGUUUCACCUCCAUUGCGUCCCCUCAAAGUUAAAAUCAAAAUGCCUACAGGCAGCAUCACAAGGACUGUGACUGGUGUUGCACCUAAAAGAGGUGGAAGAGCCACUACUAAGGGUGUGGAUAGUACAAAACCUUCACCAGAACGUCAUAACACAAGAUCCAAGAGGGAGUUAUCUCAGAUGCCUGCAAUAGCGAUGCUCCAGGAAGGUGCCCGUACAGUCAAAGACAAAACCACAGUGGACACCAAGCCUAAAGUUUCCCCCACUGCUGUUAGUGUCACCAAAACUGCAGCCCUGCCCUCCAUCUCAGUCUCCUUUCCCAGAGUCAGCCCAGGCGGGAUCAACCCUCGCAGCCUGAGUCAGAAAACUCUGAAUAGUGGGAUGACACUUCCUGCACCUUCACCUUUGCUCCAUCCUCAAAGUAGCGGGAAACCAGCCUCCAUAGUUAACAGCACUGGGGCAAUCAUAUCCAAGAGUCAGACCAACCUGGUAGAAGCUUUCAACAAGAUCCUGAACAACAAGAACCUGCUGCCCAGUUAUAAACCAGAUCUGAGCUCACCUCUUCCUGCAGAGUGGGGCCUUCCUCUACCUGCACAGGGUUAUCGCUGUUUGGAGUGCGGUGACGCCUUUGCCCUGGAGCAGAGUUUGGCGCGGCACUACGCUCGGCGCUCGCUGAGGAUUGAGGUGACCUGUAAUCACUGUGCCAAGCGCUUGGCCUUCUUCAACAAGUGCAGCCUGCUUUUACACGCCAGAGAACACAAGGAGAGAGGUCUGAUCAUGCAGUGUUCACACCUGGUCAUGAAACCUGUACCUGUGGAGCAGAUGAUUGGCCAGCAGGAAGCCAAGGCAAUUGGCCAGGCCACCCCAAACCCAACACCCCAGUCACAUCAGGCAGUUUCCAACAAGAAAGCAGAGGCAGUGCAGUACAUCAGUAAUAAAUGUCCUGAGUGUCAGGCUCAAUUCAGCAGCAAAGAUGAGGUGGCCGAGCAUUUCCAAGAAAUCAAACCAGCACAAACCACUUCAUGCACAGAGUGUUCCCCUCCCAUGCUCCUGCCCAAUAGCUGCAGUGCUGCAGCUCAUCAACGCAUCCACCAAGGCUGCCCACCACACAUCUGCCCAGAGUGUGGGGGGAUGGCCACGCAGCCUCUAUUUCAAACACACCUGGACAAGACCUGUUUGCACUUUGCACGCCGCAUUGGAUACAGAUGUUCCAGUUGCCUGGUGGUGUUUGGAGGUCUCAACUCGGUGAAGUCUCACAUCCAACAGGCUCAUUGCGAUAUGUUCCACAAAUGCCCCAGCUGUCCCAUGGCUUUCAAAUCUGCUCCCAGCAUACAGAACCACAUCACUGCCCAACAUCCAGCUCUCACUGAAGGACAGACCAUGUUGAUCUAUAAAUGUGUCAUGUGUGACACAGUUUUUACAAACAAGUCUGUGCUGUACAUCCACUUUGACACUCAUUUGACCAAUCAGAAGGUGCAUGUGUUUAAAUGCCCGGAGUGCACCAAGUUGUUUUCUCAGAGGAGUUCCCUACUGGACCAUUUCAAGACCCAUAAGACUCCCAUGUUGAAACAAGAGUCGCCUUCACAUCCAGCUGCUUCCUCUUGUUCACGGCCUUCAUUGACGUUAGAGAGCUCAGAUGGGGAGGAAUGGAUGGAUGAAGAUAAAGAAGAGAAAGAGAAGACAGAAAAGAUGAAGACCCCCUCAGGGUGGAAGUGUGCGCCUUGCCAUGCACGCUACCCAGACCGUGAAGACUACAUUACCCAUAUGGCUGAACAACAUGGCAAGACUCUGAAGAAGUUUCCUUGUAACAAGUGUGAGAGCUCCUUUACCACCACCUCUAGUCUGAGACGUCACAUCAGAGACAAACACAAAGUCUUGAAUCGUGGCUUUUGCUGCCAUGUGUGUGUGUGUGUGUGUGUGUGUGUGUGUGUGUGUGGUAGGUUCUGUAGUGAGGGUAAGAAAACAUUCAGCAGCAGAGCGAUGUUGGAGAGGCAUGUUCAGCUGAGACACAGCAUGGACACAGAAAGCCAGGACACACAGAUGGGGGGUGGAGAUGACAGUUCCUCAGAACAGGACGGCAGUUUUGGGGCUCGCCAGAGGCGGAGAGGAGCUGCGAAGAUGGAGCAGGACGAAGAGUCCACAGAUGGAGUGAGUCCAGUGAAGAAGCUGCAGUCCUCCUCCUCUGCCCCUGCCCCCUGCCCCCUUCCUGAGUUUGGGUUCCGCUGUGCCCCCUGCGGCUUCACCACAGAGGACCAGGCAUCAUUCCUGGAGCAUAUCAGCCAGCACCGGCGAGCAGGGACGGAGGGCGGCAGUCAGCAGUGUCUACAGUGCGGCGCCUGCUUCACAUCCACCUCCUCCCUUUCACGCCAUCGCUUCAUCACCCACAAAGUGAGAAAUGCAUUCACUGACAACCAGCAAUCCCUCAGAGUGCAUCCAGCACCUUCACCUGGUAACAGCAGGAACCAUGACGAUAAGAGUUCUCUGGACGGUUCUGCACCAGCAUCGCCCUCUUCUCAAUCCUCCAUAGCUCAGGGGAUGGAGGAGGAGGGCACACUGGCCUGUAAGGUGUGCGGCAAACAAUUUGAAAAGGCAUCAGAUCUGAAUACACACUUCAGAACUCACGGUAUGGCUUUUAUCAGCGCAAGGAACGCAGGAAAAACUACCUAAGACGUCAAAUAUGUGGCGAAGAGCAGCAUCGGUAGGUGAUCAACGAAUAUUUGCAAGUGCCUUAUUUAUCAUCGACCUCUCCUCAAAGUGUGGGUUAGCACACCUAUUCACUAAUUUAACCAAAGAUUGGUAGAACAGAGUUUGUAUGAGAAUAGAUUGUAAAAAAAUAAAUAAAUCGAAUGUGGUUUUCACUGGUUGAGAUCAGCGUUAACCUUCUACUUCUGACACUCAGGAACUAAUGCUGCAUUUCUGUUCCGUAAUGAUACUAAUGAGAUUAGAGCUACUUCCUGGUCAGUGAACAGUCUGACUAGUUCACUGCUGGGACCACAUUCACAUAAUAAUGUGCCUGUAGAGAACUGUGAAUGCUAGAAUCAAAUCCUACUGUGAUUUUGAUGGCUGCUGUUGAUAGCCAACGAUGGAAUGUAUCUGUUUUGAUUUCAAUGUUUUCUUUCUACUGAGGAGAUUCUUGAAUGGCAACCCAGGUGAUUUUCUGUAAAGUCAUUUUUUUAAGCAUGUUUUUAUAGAAUCAUUGCAGCCGUUUAGAAUACGUUAGCUCAGUUACUAUUAAGUGUGUAUACUUUUAACUUAUUGCCAGCCAUUUUCAAAAACAUGCAAUAACUUUUUAGAUUGAUUCUCAACUUUAAAUGCAGCUAUUGGCUUCUAUACAUUUUUAGUGUGUAUAUGAAAACUAAUUUACAGAGACUUGAACUUUGCUUAAGAUAGGUAACCCAUCAAAUUUCCUUUUUGUGUUGCACGGACAGUGUUUCUUUGCUGAGCUGCAAUGGAGGGAUACUAACGCAAAGAGGAAAUUUUGUACUAAAAAGACUAACUUUGGAAGAUAUCCACUUCACUUGUCUAACUCAGUCUGCUUAAACUUCAUAUUAGAUUCAGCUGAAGUUUGGAAUAUAUAUUUGCACAGAAUGAGGACUGUUGAUUAUCCCUCCCAUCAUUACAUUGGAAUCAUGUUGGGAAGAAAUCUCUUCACUGCCAGUAUGGAUGGGAGGAAUAAUUACAGUGACCAAUAACUCUUUCAAUGCACGUAGGGGUAUGUCGGUUUCAAGACAGACUUGAAAAAACGUGAACCCGUCCUAAAUGUUUACUGGUAUUGAUUAACCUGUGAGAGCAAGUUCGUAGUCCCUGCACGCUUAUAUUUAUAUUGUACUUAAAUUAAUAUGGACCAAUAACCAAUAAAAGAUAGGAAUACAAUCUAAAAACUUAAAUUGUGUUUGGGAAAUGGUCAGCAAUAAUCUGAAGUAUACACAGUUUGUAGUUAAUGGGGUAAAACUGAAAUGAACGUUUAAUAUCUUUUUAAGUGGAAAGCACUGUAUUUACAUUAACUGAUUUAUUCCUUCUCUGUGUGCAAGAGAUGAAAGUAAAACUAUGGUUUGGUUUGGGGGAUGUGUUUGUCAAAUUUAGUUUUUAUGAGAUAACUGUAAACGAAAGAUCAGUAUGUUUGUGAUUAUGUCUAUUCCUUAUGCUUUGCUUUCCUAAGACGAUGAGAACAUGUUUAACCUUGUUAUUUUAAUUUGUCUUCAGUUUAAGAAAAAACAAAAAAAGACAAAUCAUUGUUCAGCAUUACUGACUGGUAAACUAUAUGAAUAUAAUCAGUGACUGUCAGCACAGAUCAGGUCGUGUUAUUGAGGGAUAGGUGUCGACUUAGUAUCCACAUCAACAGAGAAGGACAUGAAACAGAAAAGUCAGAACUGUUUUAACAAAAUUAUUGCUUGAUAUAAAGAGUUCUGAGAGGAGAAAUAAGUGUUUUUGAGUGCUAUGUUUUGAUUUCAUUUCUUUGUUUAGUGGCACCUUUGUUCUUUUUUUUUUUUUUUAGCUGUUCAUGUCAUGUCUGACAAGCUACUGGUUCGCUGAAAUAUCUCCAACCACAGGAUCCAAGUUAAUAGCCAUGCAUCUGCAUCUCUUUAAUGUGCUGUAGUAAUCAGUGACCUGUUUGCGCUUGUGUUUACGUUCUCAGGAGAUUAUCCAAUGCUUUAACACACAUUGUUCUGUUUAACUUUUUCUGUUUUUGCAUUGACAAGACAAUUUCUAACCAAAUGUUUAUUAAAAAGAUGAAUGAAAACUGG